CAACCCGCUCCCGCCUCGCCGCGGCGCUGACGUCACUUCCGUCGCGCUGCAAGAUGGCGGCGGCUGCGGGCGGCGGGCCCGGGGAGGCCCCGGAGGCUCCCGGGGACUCGGCCGAGGUGAUCCAGUCCCGCCUGAACGAGCAGGAGGCGCGGGAGGAGUUCUACGUGCACUACGUGGGCUUUAACCGGCGGCUGGACGAGUGGGUGGGCCGGGAGCGGCUGGCGCUCAGUAAGAGCCUCAAGGAGGCCGCCCAGAAGAGCUCGGAGCCGUUCCUGGCGGAGCUGGCCGAGCCCGAGCGGAAAAUCACCCGGAACCAGAAACGGAAACACGACGAGAUCAACCACGUGCAGAAGACCUACGCCGAGAUGGACCCGACCACGGCGGCGCUGGAGAAGGAGCACGAGGCCAUCACCAAGGUGAAGUACGUGGACAAGAUCCACAUCGGGCACUACGAGAUCGACGCCUGGUACUUCUCGCCCUUCCCCGAGGAUUACGGGAAACAACCGAAACUGUGGAUUUGUGAAUUCUGCCUGAAAUACAUGAAAAUGGAGAGGAGCUACAGGAUACACCUGGGUCAGUGCCAGUGGCGGCAGCCGCCGGGGCGGGAGAUUUACCGCAAGGGGAACAUCUCGGUCUAUGAGGUGGACGGCAAAGAUCACAAGAUCUAUUGCCAGAACCUGUGCCUGCUGGCCAAGCUGUUCCUGGACCACAAGACUCUUUAUUUCGACGUGGAGCCGUUCGUGUUUUACCUGCUCACCGAGGUGGAUCGGCAGGGAGCGCACAUCGUGGGGUACUUCUCCAAGGAGAAGGAGUCUCCGGACGGGAACAACGUGGCGUGCAUCCUCACCCUGCCCCCGUACCAGCGCCGCGGCUACGGGAAAUUCCUCAUCGCCUUCAGCUACGAGCUGUCCAAGCUGGAGAGCACCGUGGGCUCCCCGGAGAAGCCGCUCUCGGACCUGGGCAAGCUCAGCUACCGCAGCUACUGGUCCUGGGUGCUGCUGGAGAUCCUCAGGGACUUCCGGGGGACCCUCUCCAUCAAGGACCUCAGCCAGAUGACGAGCAUCACGCAGACCGACAUCAUCAGCACGCUGCAGUCGCUGAACAUGGUGAAGUACUGGAAGGGGCAGCACGUCAUCUGCGUCACCCCCAAGCUGGUGGAGGAGCACCUCAAGAGCGCCCAGUACAAGAAACCGCCCAUCACCGUGGAUUCCAUCUGCCUGCGCUGGGCGCCCCCGAAGCACAAACAGGCCAAGGUGGCCAAGAAGUGAAAUUCCGGAAUUUUCCACCAAAUUCUGGAAUUUUCCACCAAAUUCGGGGAAUUUUCCAUCAAAUUCCGGAAUUUUCCUCCAAGUUUUGGGAUUUUCUUUCAAGUUUUGGGGUUUUCCCACAAAAUUUGGGGAUUUUCCGAAAAAAAUUUGGGGAUUUUUCUUCAAAUUUCGGGAAUUUUCCACCAAAUCUUGGGAAUUUCCUUCAAGUUCUGGAAUUUUCUUUCAAGUUUGGGGAUUUUCCCAAAGAAUUUCGGGAUUUUCUCGCCCAGUUUUGGGGUUUUCUUUCAAAUUUGGGGCUUUUCCCUCCAAAUUU